AUGGAGCACAUGCGGGAAACAACCAGAGGCCCUCUUGAAGGCAAAAACAUCAUACUACAACGUUUGGAUCCAGAAAACGACUACAUGGCCCUGUAUGAAGCAUCGCAUGGAUCACCUGAAAAGGAAGCCAUCUUCAAAUACCUCUAUUCACACGAUUUGAAAGAGUUGCCACCUUAUGACAACCCCACGAAAUACAAAGAAUAUCUUACUACCAUCAACAGUGAUCCGACCUGGAUACAGUUUGUUGCCAUUGACAAAAAGAGCAACAAGAAGAUUGGACAGAUCAACUACCUCAAUGUGGUGCCUACUCAUGAGCGUGCUGAAAUUGGCGGUUUGUGGUUUACUCCCGAGUUUCAUGGGACCUAUGCCAACAAAGAGAGUACAUUGUUAUUGCUGUCUUAUAUGUUUGAUUAUCUUCAAUGGAGAAGAAUGGAAUGGAAGUGUAAUGCAGACAACCUGCCGUCUUUUAAAGCAGCACAGAAGCUAGGCUUUCAAUUUGAAGGCAUCUUUAGAAACCACAUGCUUGUCAGAGGUGUAGACAGCAAUGAUCGAAACAAACUCGUCAAUAGAAACACAGCUUGGUUCUCCAUCGUUGAUUCUGAAUGGGAGGAGAAGAGAGAGGCUCUUUUUGAUAUGCUCAACUAUAGCAAGCAAGAUAAGGAGGAAUUUUUGAACAAGAUGCGCAGUAACAAGUAG